AUGCUUCACGUCUCCAAGCUCGGCAUAUUGCUGCUGGCCUGUGCUGGACUCGCCGCAGCUGCGAAUCAGAUGAGCUUGGCCGAUAUCCCUCCAUGUGCCAUCAGUUGCAUGACUAAAGCGUUCCCUUUAACGAAAUGUCCUCUUACCGACCGAGCUUGCUUGUGUGCGGAUUCCCAGUUCAAUGCAGCUGUUGAGCCAUGUGUUCGAUCGGCUUGCACGAUAAGGGAGAAUCUAGCACUCGCCAAGCUGACUUGGGCACAAUGCGAAUAUCCUUACCAGGAUGUCAAGCCUAAGAUUUACUGGACAACUGGUGUCGUUAUUGUUAUAAUGGUAACUUUCUUUGUGAUAAGAAUGAUAUCAAAGGCUGCAAGGAUAUCGAAAUGGGGACACGAUGACACACUCAUCGUCAUCAGCUUCAUCCUUGUGAAUAUGCUCUUCAUGACCGCCACGAUAGCGACAGCUCGAUCCUACUGGGGUGUGGACAUGUGGGUGGUCGGCGCCGACGGUAUUACGGCUUUUCUCAAGUUGAUGUUUGUCCUCGAGAUGAUUUACAUUUUGGCCAUGGCUGCGAUCAAGGCCUCGAUUCUCUUCUGCUUUCUCAGGAUUUUUCCUGAUAGAGUCUUCCGCAGGGCCGUUUUUGCCACACAGAUGUUCAACUUGCUUGUAGCACUCACUUGGGUCAUCCUGUGCUGCGUGCAGUGCCAGCCGAUUUCAUACGCCUGGAACGGCUGGGAUGGCGAGCAUCAGGGCGGAUGCGGUGUUCAAUCCUCGUCAAUCGGUCUUAUCCACGUAGCGUUUCAAAUCGCCAUCGACUUGGUCAUGCUCGUUCUGCCGAUCACGCAGGUUUACAAGCUUCAGAUGGACUUCAAAAAGAAGCUUGGUGUUAUGGCGAUGUUCUUGGUCGGCAUAUUGCCUCACCAUUGUCAGCUGUUUGCGUAUUCAGUCCCUGAUUCAGUUCCAUGA